AUGGGACCUCCAAGAAAGUGUAAGAAUCUCGGUAAGGGUAAGAAACACAAAAAUGAGCAGAAGGCAUUGGCCACGCAAGAAGAUUUCUACUUAGCAGCGAUCGACUGUGAAGAGCAGGCUGAUCGAUGGUUGCUAUCGGACAUUAAGAAAUGUUUGCGAUUCUAUCUUAAGGCUCUCGAGUAUUACGAAAACGGUCUGACCGCUCUGGAAUCCACACAGGAGGGAAAAUACAACAUUUAUUAUAAUGAAACAAGACUUUUUUUGCAAAUUUAUACAGACUAUCUAGCCAAUAACGGCUACAUUAAUAUAUUGCAGUACGUGAAAAUGGACGAUAUGCCUGAUCUCUCUAGUUUAAUAUUAUCUCUGCCACAGAUUACUCAAAGAUUUGAAAUUGUUUACGAAACUUUUCCAGAACAGAGAACUUGGGACCUUCAAUUCAACUUAUUGACGUGCUAUUUAACCCUCAUAGAGUCCCUAUACGAUACUUUUCCGCCCACUGUUGGGAUGGAAGGAUCAGACAUUUUGACUUUGACCAACAAAUAUAUUGAAAUUUUCCAACAUCUGGUUAACUAUCUGCUACAAGAACUACAAAACUGGAGCGACCCUACAGUGCAAGAGUCUGGUGAUAUAGAUGCGGGAUUGCAAAGAGAUACUUUAGAUGAAGACGCAAUGCACAUGGCCAGGGAUGGAACUGGGAUUCGAACUAAUGGCCGUUCACAACCUCAAGCAGAAACUAUGGACGUUUCUGAACAAGUGACUCCGUCCUCGCUUACGGAAGUGCUCGUCAACUCUUUGAAGUUUAAUCAUGCUCUGAUGGAAUUGAUUAUUGAGUCAAAAAUGGCUAGUGGGAAAACUUCGGAAACAGAGGUUUUAAACCCUGUUCAGAUCAAUUUUUUGGAAGAUACAACAAAUAAGUUCUAUUUACAAUUAUGCGACAUUAUAGAUUCCAUUUCUACCGCGAUCCCGAUAGAUCUAAAGGAAAUCGGUUUUACCAAGAUUUUAAUUGAAGGUUUGAACACCAUAACUUCGGGAACUUUCGAGUCGUUACAAAAUUUUGUCCUAGAAACCACUUCCUUUACCAAUUUCCUUGCUGAUAACGAUGUGCAGGGCAGAAUUGAUCUUUCGUUGAUCAGAGUUGAUAUCGUUGAAUUUGCCAUUUUGUGUUCAGAAGAGUGUUUUCCAAAUGCUGCUUGGAAACUUUCUGGGCUGUUGACUAAAGUUCUUGCCGAGGCUAGGACUCUAUUAACGAACCAAAGAAACCACAUUUUAUUUGUGAAAGAUCAAAGAUUGAACGAGCAUUUAAGUCACGUGGUCUUUCAGCUUUGUGACGUCUUGGUAAAUUCAUCCGACAAUGAACUCAGACGGUAUGCAAUUAAACAGUGUAGUGAAGAGUCACAAAAGACUCCAGAUGGGGCACGUACUUUAGAAAUAUUGAUGAAAAAUGCUACUGUUUUUCUUAAUAAUGCGGUCCUCAUUUCAUCUAAACCGUGCGGGUUGCAAGAAACGAUUAUUGAUAAACUGAAAAGAAAUUAUAUUCACAAUCAAGCUAAAGAAAGGCUACUUUUUUUACAAAACCUGAAACAGAAUUCAAAUGUAGGUGACGAUGCUACGUUAGCUUCGCCUACCAUAAUGAAGUUUGAUGUCCCACCAGAUCACCCUUUUUAUAACCACUACCGAUAG